AUGUCCCAGCGGAGAGCAGUGCAAGCGGCACAUUAUGCAAAAAGGCAGCUCUAGCAGAUGGGAGAGAGGCACAGCAAGCAUUUGCUUCACUUGCAUCAGUACUGCUUGAAAACAAACCUGGAUCGCUAGAGGAGAUCUCGCCAGGAGGCCAAAGGAAUGAAAACCGGGAGCAUGGCUUGAUUGCUGAAAGUGUACUGCAAAAAAUCAUGGGGAAUCAAGAUGGGAAGCUAAAGAAAAAUACAGGUGAUGUGCAUGAAGGAGGAGAGGAUGUCUCUGGGCCGAAGGAUACAGAUGGCACAAAGAAGGUAUCGGGAAGCAGAAGGGGGCUGGGGAAACAUGCAAAAGGAAGUGAAUCUGGUAAGAAGAAGGGUAAGUCAGACUCUAAGGCCUCAGUGUUUUCAAAUCUGAGGAUCAGAAAAAAUCUCUCCAAGGCUAAGGAUGGGAACAGUAGUUCACGGGAGGAUGUUUUGGAAAGCCAGGCCUUGCGGGGUGGAGAGCUGGACAAUUCAAUUGUUACCAAAACUCCAGAUAUAAGCAUCUCUGCAGAUGAAGGAGGUCUCUCUGACACAGAUGUUGAGCAUUUUGAAAUCAGAAAUGAAACUGUCCCAGCUGCUGCAGAGACACAGGAUGGACAAAGAACCAGCUCUGGCUCUGAUACAGAUAUAUACAGUUUCCAUUCAGCCACAGAACAAGAGGAUUUGCUUUCUGAUAUCCAGCAAGCUAUUAGACUGCAGCAGCAGCAGCAGGGGGCAAUUAACAUUGGAACUGAGGACCUUGUCACCAAAACAAUGGGCCGUCACAUGGCUAAUUCGCAGGCAGCCCCCUUAGAUUUUGAACGGUUUCUUUCAGUAACUACCACUGACAAAGAAAGGAGCCCAGACACUGAGGGGGCUUUUCCAGAGGUAUCUGAAAUUGCAGAAAACAUUCCCGUCUCCUGUGCAACUGAACGUGAAGUGAAAGAAGUGGAAAAUGGCACAGGCUCUCCUGGUAACCGUUUAUUUGAAGCACAAGAACGUAAGCUAUUGAUUGAGGAACAGGAACAGCUCGUUGCUGGAGUGGAUGCUGUAGCUAGUGAACUAAAAGAUGAUUUAAAUAGAACUGUGGUAGAAAAUGGGUCUCAGACAUGCAGUUCCAAACAACCUUUUUCAACCUCAGUGGCAGAUGCUGAGACUAAAAUUGCUGAAGUGCAGGCUGUUGAUUUGCAGGGAUCAGUAACAGAGGAUGCUGUUUCAGAUGCAGGCCGUGAUCAUACUGCUGAUACUCAGGAAGGGAAGAACACUGUAUCAGCCAGUCAAGAGGACCUGCAUAAUGGUUUAUCCACGGAAAUUAAAAACGGCAUUUUGUCCUCUGAGGGGACAGCAGGCAGUCCAAUGCUUGGUUCCCGAUGCUUUAAGCCCUAUCUAAUUAAUCCUUGUUACAUCAAAACCACAACAAGGCAGCUGAGUUCUCCCAACCAUUCACCUUCUCCCUCUCCAUCUCAGAGCCCACAUUUUACAAGGAGGCAAGAAUCCUUCCCCAAAAAAGAAAAAGUCUCAACCAAGAAGCAGCGGUCUGUUAGUUUGACAGGUUUAUUUAGUCGUUCUGCAGACUGGACAGAUGAGAUAGCUAAUCAGAAUCGUGAUAUAACGCAGAAGGUGGGCUCUGCAGUCUACUUAGAGCACAAGGGGUUGAGAGAGAAAUCUCAAACGGAAAGAGUGCCUUUGACUCAUUCAAGAAAGUCCUCAGGGGUACAGGCUUCUACAGAGACAUUUCCCAAUGUAUUUUCAGGACGAACUCUGCUGGAAAAGCUCUUCAGCCAGCAGGAAAAUGCACCACAAGAAGAAGCAGAAAAGCUAUGUUCUCGCAUUAUUGCAAUGGGUCUUUUGCUUCCAUUCACUGACUGCUUCAGAGAACCAUGUAAUCAGAGUGCUCAGCAAAGCACACCCACAUUUGAUCAAGACCAGCUUUAUACUUGGGCUGCAGUUAGCCAACCCACACAUUCAUCAGAUUACAUUGAAGGAAGCUUUCCCAGAAGAAUUCCUUCUGCAUGGCCCCCACCCAAACCUCCAGAUGAAGAACAAAGACUCAAAAUUAAGGGAGAAGAGUUGAAAUCUACUGUUCUUGAAACAGAGAAACAAUACACAGGAGGUGUUCAACAGGUACAGAAAGAAGACUGUUCCACAGUACCUGGGUCCUGGGAUGAUUUUGAAGUGAAAUCUGAGGAGCGUGCCAGUGUCAUCCAGCAACUUGAGCAAACUAUAGAGGAUCUGAGAAGCAAAAUUGCAGAACUAGAGAAACAGUUCCCUGCUGCAGAAGUACAAACUGCUGUGAAGGAGCAGGAAAAUCAGCACACACAUGCAGUCUGCAGGGACCUCAGCAGCAUGACUCUUCAUACAAAAGAAGAGGAGACCACACACAAGACUGUGUCACAAGCAAGAUCUGUACAAACGUCACCAAUGGAGGAUUAUUUAACACAUAUAAUGCCUUCAGCCAAUGCACUGCCACAGCCACCAGCUCUACCACACUCAGAAAGUGGCAAAAGUGAAGGGCCAACUCAGAAACUGCCAGCUCUAGAACUACAGCCCACAUUUUGUUCUGAAAUCUCUUUAGUUCUGUCACCGAAACUAAUCUCUGUGCCCCUGGAUCAAAGCCAAUCAAUACAGAGUAUGCAACAGUCACCUCUUCCAGGACCCAAAAUUAAUUCAUUCCUUGCAUUUGAAGGAGAGACUGAAAUGGCAGCUUCUUCAAGUACUGUAGAUGUGACUUGUAGUGAACAUCCCCCUUCUUUACCCCCAGAAUCCACAUGUAGCAUUCCCUCAUCACUGCCAGCAUCCCUGCCUGGAGCUCAUGGUCCUUCCCUUGCCACUCCCAUGUCCAUGGCAGGUGUGCCACCCCCACCACCCCUGCCGAGCUCAGGACUCACUCCCUCUUCUGGUUCAGCAGUACCACAGCUGGACCACACUUUCCCAAUUCCACCACCACCCCCUCCUCCACCUCCACCAUUGCCAAGUGAGGAGACAUCAAUUCUGCCUCCUCACCCUCUUCUCCCAUGUGCUGGAGUCCCACAACCACCUCUACCACCACCCUUGCCUGUAGCAGGAGUCCCACCCACUCUGCCCAGUUGGGGCAUCCCUCCUCCCCCUCCGCCACCUCCACCUCCUCUGCCUGGUGCAGGUGUCCCCCCUCCGCCACCUCCACCUCCUCUGCCUGGUGCAGGUGUCCCCCCUCCUCCACCUCCACCUCCUCUGCCUGGUGCAGGUGUCCCCCCUCCGCCACCUCCACCUCCUCUGCCUGGUGCAGGUGUCCCCCCUCCUCCACCUCCACCUCUGCCUGGUGCAGGUGUCCCUCCUCCACCACCACCUCUGCCUGGUGCAGGUGUCCCUCCUCCACCACCACCUCUGCCUGGUGCAGGUGUCCCUCCUCCACCACCACCUCUGCCUGGUGCAGGUGUCCCUCCUCCACCACCUCCCCUGCCUGGUGCAGGAGUCCCUCCUCCACCACCACCUCUGCCUGGUGUAGGUGUCCCUCCUCCACCACCUCCUUUGCCAGGGCAGGGAAUUCCACCUCCAGCCCCACCACCUCUGCCUGGAGGAGCACCACCUCUUCCAGCAUCAGCCCAAGGAAGCACAUACCCAACAGUCCCACAGGGAUGUGGGUUUCUUCCUCCUCCAUUACCAGCUGGUUUAUUUGCAAUGGGGAUGAAUCAGGAGAAAGGGAGCAGGAAACAUGUGAUAGAACCUUCUCGGCCAAUGAAGCCUCUUUACUGGACAAGAAUUCAGCUUCACAGUAAAAGAGAUUCUAGUGCUUCACUUGUGUGGGAAAAAAUUGAAGAGCCUACCAUAGAUUAUCAUGAGUUUGAAGAACUGUUUUCUAAAACAGCUGUUAAAGAGAGGAAGAAACCCAUUUCGGACACCAUUACAAAAACAAAGAGCAAACAAGUUGUCAAGUUGUUAAGUAACAAAAGAUCUCAAGCUGUUGGAAUAUUAAUGUCUAGCCUUCACUUAGACAUGAGGGACAUUCAGCAUGCUGUUGUGAACUUGGACAACUCUGUUGUUGACCUAGAGACCCUUCAAGCCCUGUAUGAGAAUAGAGCACAAUCAGAUGAAUUAGAAAAAAUAGAAAAGCAUAGCAAGUCAUCCAAGGAAAAAGAAAACGCCAAGUCUUUGGAUAAGCCUGAACAGUUCCUUUAUGAACUUUCACUAAUUCCAAACUUUUCAGAACGUGUGUUUUGCAUUCUGUUCCAAUCAACAUUUUCAGAAAGCAUUUGUUCAAUACGGCGCAAACUUCAGUUGUUACAGAAGCUCUGUGAGACAUUGAAAAAUGGGUCAGGAGUUAUGCAGGUCCUGGGUUUGGUUCUUGCCUUUGGAAAUUACAUGAAUGGUGGAAACAGGACACGAGGACAAGCUGAUGGAUUUGGACUAGAUAUCUUGCCAAAACUUAAAGAUGUCAAAAGCAGUGACAACAGCAGAAGUCUUCUAUCUUACAUUGUCUCCUACUAUUUGCGUAAUUUCGACGAGGACGCUGGAAAAGAACAGUGCAUCUUUCCUCUUCCAGACCCACAAGAUCUCUUUCAGGCUUCACAGCUGAAGUUUGAUGACUUUCAAAAAGAUCUCCGCAAAAUGAAAAAAGAUUUGAGAGUAUGUGAGACAGAAGCAGCAAAAGUUUAUCAGCUAUCACUAGAGGAGCACCUCCAGCCUUUCAAAAACAGCAUGGAGCAAUUCAUUAGUCAAGCUAAAAUAGACCAAGAAAAUGAAGAGAAGUCACUGACAGAAGCGCAUAAAAGCUUUUUGGAAACUGCAGCCUAUUUCUGCAUGAAACCAAAAAUGGGAGAGAAAGAGGUGUCCCCACAUUCUUUCUUCAGUAUUUGGCAUGAAUUCAGUUCUGACUUCAAAGACUUGUGGAAAAAGGAAAACAAACUUAUUCUCCAAGAAAGAGUUAAAGAAGCAGAGGAAGUCUGCAGACAGAAGAAGGGGAAGUCGCUAUACAAUAUAAGGCCAAAACAUGACUCCGGAAUUAAAGCAAAGAUAAGUAUGAAAAUCUGAGAGAAGAAAAGCAGAAGCUGUUGUUACCUGAUUACCAAAACUCGACAUGCCUGUGGGUGGAGAGUGAGAGGGAAGGAAACUACAUCAUUGUGAUCGUUUGCUUUCUUGGCCUCUUUGAAUUCAGUUUCUAUUUUCUGGAGUUUUCCACCAAUUAAUGUAUUAUUGUACAUUCAUUCACAAACAUCAUCACUUUAAUGGAGAGCCCAGCAAUAGAUUAGGUAUGGACUAGAAACACCUUCCUUGUACUCUUAUCUCCUCUGCCACUCAAAAAUUGUAUUUUGUAAAGUGUAUGGUAUAUUACAAAUAGGCCAAGUCAGCAUGCAUAAAAAGUGGUGUCUGCAUCAGUUCUGAACAUGCUGAAAACUGCAUUAAGUUGAACUUCAUAAGAAUGCAACUCUACACAGGAAAACGGUUCCAUUCCUACUGGCAACAUCUGUCUAACACAAAUACUUCAUGGCACUGCACUUAGAUUAGGGAAAGAAAUGUUUCUCCUAGUGAAUUGUGUGUAUCUGUUUCAUGUUGGCAUUUGUAGUUUGUAUUUUGAAUUGUUAAGUGCUGUUUAUACAGUAUAAUCAAUGCUUUCCCAACUUGUUUGGUUGCCCUCCAUGACUAAAUAUUUGUGGAACAAGAUGUUUACUGUAACUAUCUUUAAAAUCAAUAAAGCAGCAUACUUUUACUUCAUCUUUUGCCAGACAGUGAAUGCCAGGUGGUAUGGGGGUCAGAAAUCCAGCAUUAAACAAAUAGGAAAAGAAAAGAAAAUGAUUAGGUAAAAAGCAGGAAAAUACAGAAAGCACAGAAGUAUGAUAGAGAGUAUGAUAUUUGGCUAUUAUAGUUUGUUAAUAUAUAAAGCAGCUAAUACUUUUACAGGAACGUUAGAAGGUAUAGUAUAGAUUUAACUACUGAUCGCUUAAAUCAGGCUUUUGGCCACAUGUACAUGGCUUCCCUUUCAGAAUUAGCUUUACAGUUAAUUUAAAACUCCUUUAGAGAGCCAUUAAAAGAUGCACAUGGGGACUGACAUUUAUGAAAAACAGUAGCAAAUUCUAGUGACAGAACAUAGACUACCAACUAAUUGACAUCAAUUUCACACUUAACAGAGCUGCAGAUUUUUCCUCCAGGCUUUCAGUGUGCCUGACUAGGAGGUUAAUCAUUGAAAUUUAUAACUUAGGGCUUCCAUUUUAGACCAUGUGUUUAAUUCCUUUUUGCACUGCAGAAUUUACUAUAUCAGUUUUGAUCUGCUUAACCAAAACCAACCCCUUUUUCUUGUUCUAAUUUAAGAGCCCCAAACCAAUCGGCCUGAUUGAUAACAUUUUUCUUUCAAAGAGCACUUUUCCUGAAAGCAGACUGUGUGCACAACUGAAUUGGAUGCACAUGCUCACAACCUUGGAGCCUGAAAAAACACUGGGGUAUGGCAAAUGAACUCUGAUGUGCUGGAUUGGCUUAUUCCCUGUCUAAUAUAGGACAUCAAGAGACAUUUCUAGCUGUCCAGAGGCUAAUACAUCCUACAGAAUGUCAUAAAAGGAAGCGUGAAGUAUGACCUCAGGAAUCUGUUACUCUUCACAUAUACCGAGCACUAGAAAAGAUGGUUGU